AACAUUUAGAUCUCGUACAAACCCGAACGCCUUUACCAAAGUUUUUCAAUUCUUUAUGAACUCGAUCAACGCCUGUCAAUUUGUGUGCACUUAUUGAAUCCCUUUGAUUGUCACUUUUUCUACCAGUGGGCCAGUAGUUCUCGAAAUAUUGCGGACCAGGUACAAAGUAGAUUGGAUAAAUAGCGAUCGCACCUGGAAUCGAUUUAAUAGCAUCAAUCGAAUGUUCUGUAUUCACUGAAAAUGAAGCACCUGUGAAUAAUGAUGAGGAAAUAACUUGACGCAUUGUAAUAGUUGAUUGAGAGAUUCCCAAAGAUCUUUGUAAAGAAUUGAAAAACUUUGGUAAAGGCGUUCGGGUUUGUACGAGAUCUAAAUGUUAAGAAGCUUCAAAAGAAAAAAAGCACUAACCCUAUUCUUUUUAUUGUAUAGAUAGCUAUUAUUGAUAAUGGUAUUGAUUAUUAUCAUCCAGCUCUUGGAGGGUGUUUUGGUUCAGAUUGCAAAGUUGCAUUUGGCUAUGGUAAGAUGAAGUUGAGAAUUCUUUUAGGCAUACAAAGAAAUAUGAUGAUUGAAUUAUUUCCAGACUUAGUUGGAGACGGAUUUAGUAGAUCGUAUAUUAUACCUGAACCUGAUGAUGAUCCACUUGAUAAUUGUUCGAGGUCUUCUCAUGGUACACAUAUUGCUGGAAUACUUGCUGCAAAUGCAACAGAAAUAGUACAAACCAAUUAUAGUCCUAUAGAACCAUUUAUCGGUGUUGCUCCACAAGCAACUAUUGGAGCAUAUCGUAUUUUUGGAUGCUCCGAAAAUGGUACUACUACAGAUAUCAUUACUGCAGCUAUCUAUCGUGCUUUUGAAGAUAAAGCUGAUAUAAUUACAAUGUCUAUUGGCAGCAUGGGUAGUUAUGCAGAGAGAUCAGAUGCAGUUGCUGUCAAACGAGUAUCCGAAGCUGGAGUUUAUGUCGUAUGUUCGAUGGGCAAUGAUGGAAGAGAGGGUCUUCAAACGGGUGCAAAUCCAGCUAUUGCCAAAGAUGCCAUUGCAGUUGGAUCAGUAGAUAAUUCGUAUGAAGCCCAAUUAUAUUUGAUAACACCGAAUGGCGAAAAAAUUUUUUAUAUACCCGGAAUUGCGUACGGUGGGUGGCGAUCGACGAUAUACUCGACUAUUGUUGUUAAUGCACUCUAUCUUUCACAAAUCGGUAAUCCAGUACCCGAAACAGUCAAUAAAGCGUUCAAUAACGGUACUACUUAUCGUCCUUCAAUCUCUGAAGUUCUCAACUUAUUCCAAUCAAAUGCUAAUCCAGUCAAUAUUUACAAUUCCACUCUUCUGGCUUCAACUGUUCAGCAAGGUGCUGGAUUAGUAAAUGCUUUUCAAGCACUGACAGCUACGACAAUCGUGUCACCAAGUGAACUUGCAUUGAAUGAUACAACUGUUCAUAUUUGGCCAGAAUAUUUUCAACUUGAUCCUGGACAAUCACGUACAGUUACACUUAAAUUUCAUGCACCUGAUGGAGUCAAUCCGAAUUUUCUUCCAAUUUAUUCAGGCUUUACUGAUGUAGCAAAUGAUGUUGAUGAAAAAGUUGUUCAUGUUCCAUAUGCUGGUGUUGUUGGGAAUUAUAGCGAUGCAAGUAUUUUAGUGCGCAAUAAUCCACAAGGAUUCAUUACGGGUAUUGUAGGUGAUGAUGGAUAUUAUAUCACAGAUGGACAAGAAUUGAAUAUUACAGCUGCGGGUGUUUUUCCAAUUGUACUGGUUACAGCGUGGGCUUCACGUACCAUUUUAGUAGAAGUUGUUUCAUCAGAAAAUAAUGAUCUACCUGAACUUGAUUUGAAGUAA